CUACUUUUCAUUCCAUUCAUGCUACACUAAAUUUCAGAUUAUUUACCCGGAUCUUGAUGAAGAUUCUCUCGCUGGUUCUUGCUUUACUAGCACUUGCUGUGGUGGCAAGCCAUGAUGUUCCUUCACCUGAGCAAUAUUGGAACAAUAAGCUGCCAAAUACUCCUAUGCCGAAGGUUGUCCAAGAAAUUCUACCUUCUGAACUGUUGGAGGAGAAAAGUACCUCUGUGAAUGUAGGGAAGGGCGGAGUACAUGUGAACACCGGGAAAGGAAAGGCAGGGGGUGGCACCCAUGUGAACGUUGGCGGCAAAGGAGUUGGAGUGAACACUGGGAAAGGAAAGCCAGGAGAUGGCACUCAUGUCAACGUCGGAGGUAAAGGUGGAGGAGUAUCUGUAAACACCGGUCACAAGGGAAAGCCGGUACAUGUUAAUGUUUCACCGUUUAGAUACAAUUAUGCAGCCACUGAGAACCAAAUCCAUGAUGACCCGAAUGUGGCACUUUUCUUUUUGGAAAAGGAUAUGCACCCCGGGGCAACAAUGACCCUUCAUUUCACCGAAACUACAGAGAAACCAACUUUCUUACCUUAUCAAAUAUCCCAAUCAAUACCGUUUUCAUCUAACAAGUUGCCAGAAAUUCUCAACAAAUUUUCAGUAAAACCUGGAACAGAAAAGGCAGAGACGAUGAAGAACACGAUCAAGGAGUGCGAAGCGCCAUCGAUUCUAGGAGAAGAAAAAUAUUGUGCAACCUCACUUGAAUCAAUGAUCGACUUUACCACAUCCAAGCUAGGCAAAAUUGAUAAGGCAGUCUCUACAGAGGUGGAAAAGCAAACCCCAAAGCAGAAGUACACAGUAACAGCUGGAGUAGAGAGGAUGGGAGGCGAGAAAACUGUAGUGUGCCACAAGCAGAAUUAUGCAUAUGCCGUCUUCUAUUGCCAUAAAUCAGAAACAACAAGGGCUUACAUGGUUCCUUUGAAGGGUGCUGACGGUACAAAAGCCAAAGCAGUAGCAGUCUGCCACACAGAUACAUCGGCAUGGAACCCAAAGCAUUUGGCUUUUCAAGUCCUUAAGGUUAAGCCAGGAACCGUUCCUAUCUGUCAUUUCCUUCCUCAAGAUCACAUUGUUUGGGUCCCCAAGUAAAAUCCUGAAGAGUAGACCCAGACCCUUCAGUUUCAUUGAUCUACCACGUACAGAGUGCAUUAAAAUAGCUUUAAGCAAUAUCCAGUUUGUUGUAUAAUAAUAAUACCUCAAACCCACGAGUUUAGUUAUGCAUGUUCUAUCAAUGGAUCAUGUUCUUAGUAUGGAUAAAAUGAUAUUACUUAUUGUAUCACAAUGGUUUCCUGGUAAAUCUAUUCGAACUUCAUGUG